AUGGCUCAACGUCAGCUUUCGCGAACCCUCCCCAAGAAUUUCACCUUCCCGUCUCUAGCUGCCGAUGGCGUCGACGAACCGCGAACCCCCGAACGCCCAUCUCAUUAUGUCGAUGUGCCCAAGGCCCCGCGUCACUCCUUCUCCAGCUGCCGUCUUCCUCGCGUGAGAGUGCGCUCCGGAACUGACGUUUGCGCUCGAAUGGACCUCGACCUGUUCCGAUUCCAGGGCUCUGGCCCCAGCACCAGCACCGGCACCGAGGACAUGCCUCUGCCGUCCAUCGAAGUUCCCCAGCAAAGUACCUCAUUCGACGCGCCUUUCGCCGAGGAUCCUGCCAACACCAACGACGGCCGUUUCCUCGCUCCGCCCCAUCAGCGCAUGAGCUUCAAGACGCCCGAAGCUCAGAUUCGAGGCACUGACUUGGAGAAUGAGUCGCACGAGUGGCCCUCGUGGGACCAGACCCGGGAGCAGAUAACUCGCCCCGGUUCGUCAUGUUCAAACAUCUCCGACUCCUCCAUCGAGUCAAUCGAAACCUUCGCAUCGCGACCGUCCGUUGGUGGCAGCUGUACGAGCGCUGAGAGCGACUUGGAUUCCUAUUUCCCGCUUGAGUUCCCCAAAGAGCCCGAGAUGUCAUCUCCCACCCUGCCCAAGAAGCAGCAAGUGCAACGAAACCAGGUGAAGGAUAAAUCUUGGACGAAAGAUAUGGAUAACCACCUGUGGAACACCUAUCAGUUAUACCUGCAGGAUCCCACCAUGACUCCGUUCAAAAUGACACCGGGCAGCAUCCCGCCUCUUGGAGUCACUUCUCGAGUUGCGCGCCGUGCCAAGCGUACCUGGGAGAAGAAGCGACUCCGCAUCACCACUCUUCCCGGUCAGACAGCUGCCGACCGUAGCGGUAGCUCCACUCCCAAGGCCGCUGGAAAGCCAUCCAAUUCGAAUUCGGUCUGGCCCAAGUCUGAUGCGAAAACCCGCAGCCGCCUUAAGCAUCUGUGCCGACGCAAGUUCUGCAUUGCGCCUCAUUAUCAGCGCAUGAUGCAAUCCCGUAGCCCCGAGCCCGUCGCCGACAUGCUUGGUAACGCCGGGUCGCAGGUUCACAACUUCGCCGAAGGAAGCUGUACAACCUAUGCUACUCGCGACCUGGGUGUGUCUCUGGUCGCUUCCGCUCCGACUCCAUUGGCCCAGCUGGCCGAAGCACCUGUUCCCGAACAAUCAUCCGAAUGGUUCAACACCCCCCUCCAACAACCCAUUUCCGCCAGCCCGAAGGCCACCAGCCCCCAUGCGAGCCCCAAAGCCAGUGCUCCCCAGCUUUCAAAUCAAUACCUCCGCCCACAACCCUACAGCAUCCCGCCACGCCUUGGAUCACCAUUUGUGUACAGUACUUGGGGACCUGGAGGUUCGAACCGCCAAGUGGCCGAUCUUCCCCACCCACGACGCGAGACCGUUCAUGUACCUGGCCGCCGCAUGCGCCGCAACACUCACUUCGAUCUGACUCCGAGGGAUACAGACGAUGUCUUCAGUGAUGUGUAUACCAAGGAUCCUUCCGAUGAGGAAGUUAACCGUCGCCUGUCCGAUUAUAUGCACGACAACAAAUUCCAAGAUAUCGGCCAUGGCCGUGUCCGGAUUCGCAACCGCGGUGCCACAACCAGUGCUGCGGGCCCUCGAGAUGUCAGCCAGCUGUUCUCUCCUCCCUCGUCGCUCAACUCAUCCCAGGCUGAGCCCGAGGAGACGACCCCGGUUAUGAAACCCCCCCGUGGUGAGAACAUCAAGCGCCUGGGCUCGCCCUUCAAACUUGAAGGAGGGUUCAAGCGCCGCGAAGCUCCCAGUCGAUUCAUUCGACACGCACCUUCCACCUCUGACCCGUUCUCCAGCGGUGGUAUUCCGCCAUAUACAGGCCCGGCGACUCACCCAGGCUCAACUCCCCUCCGAGAGCCCCUCCGAGAGGAGAAGCCAGCAGUACAGCCGCUGCAGAACCCAUUCGAGGAGGGUCUUUCUGAUGCCGAACGUAUCCGCCGGCAAAUCCUGAACAUGCCUUACACGCAUAAUUAA